AUGUUAGAGCGAGCGAUUGAGCUUGAUCCGAAAACGCGCGACUUUAAUGUCGACCUCGUCGCGUACUUGGAGCAGCAUCAGCAGCAGCUGGAUCGGCUUUGA